UCAAAGCCGGAGACUUCCUGCUAGUACUUUAUACUAAGACGAGACACACACACGGGCGACUACGAGAGGUUGUGACCAUGGCGAGGGCCGCGUACCAUCCAAGCAGGAAGGGAACUCAACUUACAGCGACCAUCCCCCCCCCUCCAUCAUCGGCGAGUUCCUUCCACGCUCGAGGCAGACAACUUGCUAUCACGCCAGGUGGAAAGAAACUCAACAAAAGUUACUUUUGACGCCGGUUUCAUCAUGAAUGCACAACUCCUCUUCCUAUUCAAGUCACUCUUCUGGAUGCUCGUCUUCCUGGGGAGACCAACUACACAGCAGCAGCAUCGCCAGCAGCAGCACGGGGUGAAACUGGGCUCCAUCCUCAAAGGCAAUGCCUUCACAACGGUGUGGAACGCCCCCACAGAGCUGUGCAGCAAGCGCUACAACAUCAGCCUGGACCUCAACAUCUUCGACAUCGUCAUCAACCCCAACGAGUGCUUCUGCGGAGACAACAUGACCAUCUUCUACCACACGCAGCUGGGUUACUACCCGUACAUCGACGAGCACGGGGCACUGAAAAACGGCGGCGUUCCGCAGAGUGGUGACCUCGUGGGGCACCUGGACAAAGCACGGGAGGACAUCCGCGCGAAAAUAAAAGGCAAGGAUUUUGAGGGCCUGGCUGUCAUCGACUGGGAAGAGUGGAGACCCCAGUGGAGCAGAAACUGGGGCAAGAAGGACGAGUACAGGAAGGAGUCCAAGACAAAGGUGAAGCACGCUCAUCCGAGCUGGCCCGAAGACCUCGUGGCCAAAGAGGCGCAGAAGGAGUUUGAUAAGUCCGCGCGGGAUUUCAUGGAGCAAACGGCGCGGGUGGGGCAGAGCGAAAGGCCGGGCGGUCUCUGGGGCUACUACCUCUUCCCGGACUGCUACAACUACGACUACAAUAAGACGGGGCCGGAGUACACGGGCCAGUGUCCGGACGUCGAGCGCGUGCGGAACGACCAGUUGCUCUGGCUUUGGAACAGCAGCACGGCCCUCUACCCAUCCAUCUACCUGGAGAGGCCACUCAAGUCCACGAAGUACGUGCGCAAGUUCGUUCACCACCGCGUGAAGGAGGCCAUGCGAGUGGCCAGCAUGCCCAAGCCCGGUUCCAUCAUUCCCGUCCUGGUCUACGCACGGAUUGUCUACACCUACACCCUCGACUUCCUCUCGCAGGUGGAUUUAAUGCACUCCGUUGGAGAGACUGUUUCUCAGGGAGCAUCUGGGAUCAUUCUCUGGGGAGACCACCUCUAUGCCAAGUCGGCGGACAACUGCCGGGCGGUGAAGGCCUACGUGGACGACAUCCUGGGGCCGUACCUCAUCAACGUGACUGCCGCCGCCAAGCUGUGCAGCGAGGCCCUGUGCGAGGCUCACGGGCGCUGCGUGCGGAAGCACCCGGCCUCCACGGCCCACCUCCACCUGAACCCCGCGAGCUUUCGGAUCGUUGCCCCGGGGGCCUCCGCCGACCGCCGCCGCGGGAGAUGGCAGGACCGGGUGGUCGGCCAAUUGCACCGCAGCGACGUGCGCGACAUGAAGGAGGCGUUCCGGUGCCAGUGCUACGCGGGGUGGGAGGGGGCUCACUGCGAGCUGCCCAUGGGUCGAAAGAGAAUGAGCGCCUGCCACGUGGCCCUGCACAACUGCUGGGUGGUGGGACUGCUGCUGUUUCUUUUCCUCGCGAUGUAGGUCGCUCGCCCGCCCGCGGCUGCGUGCAGCAAGGAGGAGGGCCCACGUGGGCGUACGGCCGCCGUGCGACGUCGUGUCGCGAUGCACUCAGUUUACACGGGCGUGCCCCGCAACGAGUGCGGGUGUGUGUGUGCGAGUCCUCCACACCUAUAAUACUAUACAUACGUAAAGUAAAAGGUACAACGGUGCGGUCUGCAAUUGUGUAAUCGCGACACUGCUCGUGGAAGGGUCUCCACCGCAGAGAGCCCUUAACGGGUGUUUUGGCCAACUCUUCCACAAUGACCGGAUGUCUUUGAAGAGGUGGAAGUGCCCACACUUUACCCCACCACGCUGCUGAUUGACCAGUUGUGUCGAUCCUCGGCUUUACUGCUGGGUGGGAGAUUUCAUAAACCUGCUGCGCCGGGAGAUCAAACCGGAGGCAUCCGGAUUGCAUGUCCGGUGUGCUAACCGUUACACCACAGCAACACCGUGCAAGUAAAUUACUUGAAUGUGUAUUUAACGAAAAAAACCCCGAAGGGAACGUUUACAUCUGCAUUAUUUUCACUCACCACAGCUUUCAACUAUCUGGAGACAAGAGACAAUGUAUAUUAACAGGCUAAUCUGUGACUUGUUGAGGCCAGAGGCACGGUGCAUAUAAUUAAAUUCAUCUAUGUGUUAACAUCUCUCAAUAUCAUGCUAUUGGGUACUGAUAUAUAAUCAUUAUGAUGCCUGUGUGCAGAUGUGUAGCAUUUCAUAUUGAAUAUAAAUGUGUACUAACUUGUAUAAAUAUUACAAUGUAGCUGUAAGUGUAUAAUCAUAGACACAUAUUGGUGAAAAGAUUAUGGGAAUUAUUGACACUUUUAUAAAUGUAGAUUGCAAUAUGUAUUAUAAUCCUAAUAGAAAUUCCCUUUCAAUUGUGUGAAACAUGUUUUUUUUUUCUAGUUUGCCAUUAUAAGAAUAAAGUUUGCGAACAUUUAUGAUACGUUAA